AUGGUCGUCAAACUCCGUAACCGAGCCGAGCUCCAACCGCGCCGGUACUUCCACAACGAGGAGUUCGCGACGACCGGGAGUGGCAGCGGCAAGAAGACGAUGACGAAGCCGCUGAAUAAAGAUGCUAAAAAGGUAAUUCGAAUGAACGUCGCGCGUGUGAAGAAGUCCAAGAAGGUCAAGAAGGUCAAGGUGACCAAGAAGCCCAAGACGUCCAAGACGUCCACGAAGCCAGGAAAUCGGUCGCGCCACGGUGGAGAGUCGAACUACGCCGGAGCUCGAGCCGUACCGAUCUCUCUGGGGAAGUAUGGCAGCGACUCGCAUCCACGGUGGGACACGAGUCGCAUAGUACACGUGUAUACAAGCGACGAGGAGCCAGCGUCGCCAGCGCUUCCUAAACCGGGGAAACCAGGCACCCAGCUCCCCGCGCAUCCCACAAAGGGCAUGUACUACGGCAUCAUCUCCGGGUCGUUAUGCGAGAGCACGAAGAAACCGUGCGAAAAUGGGCGCUGUUGGUGUGGCGGCGGCGGGGUGCACUGGCGGGACAUCUCCCAAAGUUUUCUCCAGACUAAUGAUUAUGUGGUCGGAAAGGGGCAUGACAGUCCUGGCGUGGUGUCGUUCAUCUGGUAG